AUGGCUGCUAGACUUCCAAGCCCUAACCCUACAACUUCUACUUCUACUGCUGCUGCUGCUACCACUUUUCUUGAUGAUCAUGACCAUCAUCUUAAUUCUUUUUCAAGAAACCACGGCUUCUACAAUCGCCACCAUUCUUUGAUCAACCGCAAACUACCAUCACCACCUUCUUGUGCUUCUUUCCCUCACAAGACUUCACGUUCUUUGUGCAUUCAGUUCCAAAGAAUGAACCCACAACGCCGUUUCAUCGCCCCGCCACCACCAUCGCCCCCGGGUGAUGAUCAGAUCGAUCCAAGAUACGGUGUAGACAAGAGACUAGUCCCGUCUGGGCCUAACCCUCUUCACAACUGA